CAGACAGUCACUGUGACUGAGAGCAGAAAUGGAGCAGCAGGCAGUUCAGCUGGAUCGAGAGACUUUCUCCUGUUCCAUCUGUCUGGAUCUACUGAAGGAUCCGGUGACGACUCCCUGUGGACACAGCUACUGUAUGACCUGCAUUAAAGGUCACUGGGAUGAAGAGGAUCAGAAACGAAUCCACAGCUGCCCUCAGUGCAGAGAGACAUUCAUACCAAGGCCUGUUUUGAAGAAAAACACCAUGCUAGCAGCUUUAGUGGAGCAGCUGAAGAAGACUGGACUCCAAGCUGCUCCUGCUGACCACUGUUAUGCUGGACCUGAAGAUGUGGCCUGUGAUUCCUGCACUGGAAGAAAACUGAAAGCCAUCAAGUCCUGUUUAGUCUGUCUGGCCUCUUUCUGUGAGAAACACCUUCAGCCUCAUUAUGAUUCAGCUGCAUUUAAGAAACACAAGCUGGUGGAGCCGUCCAAGAACCUCCAGGAGAACAUCUGCUCUAAGCAUGAUAGGUUGUUGGAGGUCUUCUGCCGCACUGAUCAGAAGUGUAUCUGUUAUCUCUGCUCUGUGGAUGAACAUAAAGGCCAUGAAACAGUGUCAGCUGCAGCAGAAAGGACUGAGAGGCAGAGAGAGCUGGAGGAGAGACGAGGAAACAUCCAGCAGAGAAUCCAGGACCAGGAGAAAGAUGUGAAGCUGCUUCAGCAGGAGGUGGAGGCCAUCAAUCGCUCUGCUGAUAAAACAGUGGAGGACAGUGAGAAGAUCUUCACCCAGCUGAUCCGUCUCCUCCAGAAAAGAAGCUCUGAGGUGAAGCAGCAGAUCAGAUCCCAGCAGGAAACUGAAGUGAGUCGAGUCAAAGAUGUUCAGGAGAAGCUGGAGCAGGAGAUCACUGAGCUGAAGAGGAAAGACGCUGAGCUGGAGCAGCUCUCACACACAGAGGAUCACAACCAGUUUCUCCUCAACUACCCCUCACUGCCAGCACUCAGUGAGUCGACACACUCAUCCAGCAUCAACAUCCGUCCUCUGAGACACUUUGAGGACGUGACAGCAGCUGUGUCAGAGCUCAGAGACAAACUACAGGACGUCCUGAGAGACUCAUGGACAAACAUCUCACUGAUGGUCACUGAGGUGGAUGUUCUACUGUCAGAACCAGAACCAAAGAGCAGAGCUGGAUUCUUAAGAUAUUCAUGUGAAAUCACUCUGGAUCCAAACACAGCAUUCACAUGGCUGGUACUAUCAGAGGGAAACAGGAAGGUGACAAGGAUGAAUCAGGAUCAGUUUUAUUCUAGUCAUCCAGACAGAUUCACUGGAUGGUUUCAGGUUCUGAGUAGAGAGAGUCUGACUGGACGUUGUUACUGGGAAGUGGAGAGAAGAGGCACAGUUAAUAUAUCAGUCGCAUACAAGAGUAUCAGCAGAGCAGGAGGUGGGUAUGAAUGUGGUUUUGGAUAUAAUGACAAAUCUUGGUCAUUAGAUUGUUCUCAAAUCAGUUCAGGGUUUAGACACAACACCAUCUGGACCUCCAUCUUGGGUCCAGUUUCCUCCAGAGUCGGAGUGUACCUGGAUCACACAGCAGGUAUUCUGUCCUUCUACAGCGUCUCUGAAACCAUGACUCUCCUCCACAGAGUCCAGACCAGAUUCACUGAACCGAUACUGGCUGGAGUUUGUGUUUAUUAUGGAUCCUCAGCAGAGUUCUGUAAACCCAGAUAGAUUCUCUCUUGUCUCUCAGGUUGUUGAUCAGGGUUCAUGGUUCUGGUGUCUCUGCUGUUCUGAUCUUCUUUAUUUUUCCGGUUUAGUUCUUUGUGUUACAGGAGCCAUAAAGGAAAUCACUGCUGAUGAUUUCUUUCAUUCUGAUGACAGAAAUAUUUCAUGAAAAUCUAAACUUCUCUGGACUCUGAUGGUUUUCCUUUAACUUGCUUUUAUCCAUGUAUUUCAAUGUAUUAUUUGUUGUUAAAUCAGUUUAGAUCAAAGUGAUUUGAACUUGAUUCCUUUUCUAUUUUGUGAUCCAAAAAACCUGAAACAUCAAAUCAGCCAUGAACACAGACAUCAGGACAUAAUGUCUUCUAAGACAAUGAUGGACAUGAGAUCAUCUGUCCAAGCAGACGGCCAAUGAAACAAGCAUGAAAACAGAGCCAGCCAAUGCAAGUGUAUCUAUAGGGAGGAUAAACCCUGUAAAGGUGAAGAAGAGCCGGAGAGCCGGAGACUGUCCUACGCAUGGGGACCAACCUGUCAGCCCCCAACAUGUGGCUUCACAUCGCACUUCUCUCAUUAGCUGGGUUCUGAAACCAAAGACCAAGACAAAUAUGAAGAUAAAGACAAAGACCAAAGGUAAAGAGGAGGAACUGGGGCCUUCCUUCAUGUGGUCAGCUCGCCUACAUCUCAACAGACCAGAAAGAUCUUGAAACAAGAUGAAGGGGCUUCAGAUCUGGAAGACAAGAAGCUGAGGAUCGCUACACGCAUGAGUAAGUCACCCUAAGAUCCAAGACCUGCAGCUCUAAGUCAGUCCUCUUCCUGCCAGCACCAAGGCCUGCGUGACCUCACAGCCAUGCAGAGACAAAACUCAUCAGACCUACAGACCUUCGUCGAUCAUCCUCCUCCUCCUCUUCUUCCUGCUGCAACACGUUCUAUAUCAUCAGGCCGGUUCUGGGGUCCAAACAUCCUGCACUCCGUCCGUUUCUCAAGGGUUCCCUUUUUAGUUCUCAGUGUCAGCAUUAGGGAAAGAUAGAUGGUUGAUUUUACUGAUUUGAUUAUUUCUGCUACUGCAUUAAGCUGUAUUAAUCCUCGCAAAACUGUCUUACUAAUAGAUAUUCAGCAUAAAGAAAAAUCUAAAAGAUGUUGUGGAC